AUGGGCACCUUCCAUUCCUCAGAGAUCCCUUUUGUCUUUAAGCGAUUUGAAGAUCACGGUGUGACGGUGAAGGAACCUAACAUGUACGAAGUAUACAUGGGCCAUCCUCCGCGACAACCCGGUGAUGUUUACCACCAAGUCUCCGAUAAGAUGUCCUGCAUGUGGGCAAGUAUGGCUGCAAGUGGCAAGCCUGUUGGAGGUGAUGUUGUUUGUCCGCCUCAGCCUCAUCUACCCGACUGGGGGACAUAUAUGGCUAACUCCAAGAACUCACUUGGUCAGUACUUGCAUCUUGGUCGUGAUGUACAGAUGGAGCCUUUGGUAAAGGAUAACGCUUACCCUCAUUCGGAGUUCGCCAGCAAAGACGUGUGUGAAUUCUGGAACGCUCAGCAGUUCAGGUUCCAUGAUUUGCGUAGCGAUCUUACAAACACUACUACUGCUGAUGAGAAACGAGUCAUCAUGGUAUAG